CAGUCAGAGCGGAUGGCAUUUAGUAGCAAGUAAGCUCUGCCUGUGAUCUUUGGCUCUUUUCACUGGAGUACAGAGCUAGGCGUGGUGGUACUUUCAUAUGCACAACAAGGGGCUGCACACCUGCCCCCAACAGCCAAGAGAGGGUUGAAACCGAGACACAGCGGAAAGGAAGGAGCUUCUUACUGGAACUGAUUUGGAAAGCCUGAUCCCGGUGUUCCCAGCACACAGCCCCGUAUCCAUCAAUGCGCCCCCGUUGGCUGAGGACUGUGGGGAUCGUGAUCGGCGCCCUGACUCUGUGUUCCCUGUUCUAUGGGCACUACUAUAGCUCGCUACUCAGCGCCGGCAGGACCCCUCGGGAAAGUGUAGGUUAUGACCUUCCAAGUAAGGGCUUGGAGUGGAUCCCAGCUGUUCCACAUGGACAGAAAAGUUUUUCACUCAGGAACCAGGAGCAGACUUUGAGAGUGCAGAGACCAACUAAGGAGCAGGUACCCCUCACCUGUCCAACAUCGCUACAGCUCCGGGUAAAGAAUGAUUCCUAUUUCAAGACACUCUUUAACUUUGAGGUUCCGCUGCUGUUGUGGAACAGUCACUUGACAGAGAGUAACUGGCAAACCCUGAGCAAGAGGCCAGUUCCCUACGGCUGGAAAGAUCUUCCCCGGGAAGAUGUGGCCUCCACGCUCAAGCUGCUCAAUGACUCUUUACACCGGGCCAUGUUCGAGAGGCAGGCCCCCCAAAAGUGCAUCCGCUGUGCUGUGGUGGGGAAUGGGGGCAUCCUGAACGGAUCCAAAAUGGGAAAAGAGAUUGAUGGGCAUGAUUAUGUAUUCAGGUUGAAUGGGGCUGUCAUAAAGGGAUUCGAGAAAGAUGUUGGCACGAAGACGUCAUUUUAUGGUUUCACCGUCAACACCAUGAAGAAUUCUCUGAUAUCUUACAAUGAGUAUGGCUUUACCCAGACGCCGAAAGGGGAGGAUCUUCGAUACAUCUUCAUUCCCUCUGACCUGCGUGAUUAUGUCAUGUUGCGCUCUGGAAUCUUGGGAGUCAAGGUGCCCAGUGGAUAUGACAAAGGGGAUAAACCCUCUAAAUACUUUGGACCCAAACCUUCUUCCAAGAAGUUCAAAAUGUUGCACCCAGAUUUCCUGAUAUAUACAAGGGAUAGAUUCUUGAAGUCAGACUUAUUAAACACAGAGUACGCCAACUUGUAUAUGCCAAGUACUGGGGGACUUAUGCUACUGACUGCUCUGCACAGCUGUGACCAGGUGAGCGCCUAUGGUUUCAUCACUCCAGAUUACAAUCGCUAUUCAGACCACUAUUAUGAGCGGCAGAAGGUGCCCCUCGAAUUCUACGCCAAUCACGACAUGAUUAUGGAAAUGCAGCUGUGGGGCAGACUGCAUGACAGAGGGAUCAUCAAAUUGUACAAGAGAUGAGGAAAGUUCAUUCCGUAUAGUGUUUCAGCCCCCAUAGCAACUGUGGUGCAGAGCAUCCGACAAGAUAAAAUACCUCUUGUUAGAACACUGGAAAUGGGAGGGUGGGCAGGACUUUUCAUGGUUGGACCAUUAUGUCAACAUGUGUGGUUCCCUUACAGAUGGAAAAAUGGCCUCAAGUUGAACAACUGGGUUAUGAGGGGCCCUCUGAGAGGUUGAGUUGUUUAACCAUGAUUCAUUUAUAUUUUAAGUGGCCUUAUAGACAUUAAAAUUGUUUCUCUACGGCAAAAAGACUUCUGGAUGCAGCCUGGUGAAAAUUUAAGGCUGUACCUAUCACAACUCACCCUGCAUUGCCUUUACUGGAGUGUAAGCACUUGGGUACAUUGUACAGACACUUGCACUAACUGAUACAAUGUGAACUGCUUUUGGUCAUUGAAGAUGCAGAAUAACCUUUUUACUGUGACUGUAGUAUUUCUAUGUCAUGAGGAAACUUUUUACAAGUCAGAUUUUAGCAGCUGUAACUAUUUGUAACAUUUGUAUGUUUAAUUUGAUAGGGGGGAUUUAUUGCAAAUUUGUUAUUCUCCCUUAGAAUUACAGGUGAGGUAUCAUUUUAGAAUGAUUUUUUUCUAAUUAUUUAAACAUUUAAUUUAAUAUAGACAGUGAUUCUAAGACAAUCUGCAACUGUUUAUAAUUUUUUUGGCUUUGAGUUAUUUGGUAUUUUAUUGAGCAGCUCACUCUCUGGUUGCUAGGGUCCCAUUUUUCACUAGCAACCAAGCAACCCGAGUGAUAGUUCUUUGGUUGACGGGGGUCAAUGACCUGCAUAAGAAAAAUGUAAAGAGGUAGGCAGAUAAUUCAAAAGGUCAAAUGAAGAGUUGGUAAGAAAGGAAAUUCUAUAACAAUCUAAAGCAUAACAGAAAGCUUAAAUGCCCCUUUAAAGUUUGUACAUGGGCAUAAUAAAAAAAAAACAUUAGUUUAAUCUGAAACAGUGAAUAUGUCCUUUAAAUAUCCUUAAAGUGAUACUGACACUAAAAAUGUUCUUUUCGAAAUAUUAAUCGACAUUAAAACAUAUCGGUCAUGUUGAUCGUUUUUUGCUGAUAGUUCUACUUUUGUAAGUAGUUAUUGCUUGAAGUUCCUAAACCUGACUGUUUUGCCAAUCUGACUGUCCCUUCUCAGUCUGUCAGUUAAGAAUUUCUUAUGUUAAUGGACUCCUGCUGCGCAAAUAUGGCAGCCCCCUCAUAGAGGAACAUGAGAGGUAAGAAAGGUAAUGUAAAAGCAUCAGGCAAAUACUUUUAUGGCAAAAUUAUAAAUAGCAUUCAAAGAUAAAGUUUUGAUGUAUAUAAAAAAAAGGUUAUUUUCUGGUGUCAGUAUCUCUUAAAGCAAGAUAAGAGUCCUGUAAUCUGUAUGUAGCAAAAAAGGGUAAGAGACAGCUGCUGGUUACUAAGGGGGCCAUACACAGCCAGAUCUACAAGGGGCUUUAUGGAGACCUGAUUUUCUCCAGAUUAAUACCUGACCAAUUUUCACCCAAAUAUCUGUUAGGCAGGCUGUUGGUGGGCCCCAUACACAGGCCAAUAAGGAUGGUCGCCAAAUGUGCGGAUCUCUCCCCUAUAUGGCCACCUUGAGGUAGGCAACAUCAUGCUGAUUCGAUCAUGGGCCCUAGGGUCCAACAAUCAGAUCAUAACGGGGAGAAAACAGGCGGUCAGAUUGGGGACCGAAUCAAUGAACCGAUGAGGUCCAUGAUCUGAAGCCUGCCCGAUUGACAUCUGCCUUAUUUUGGCCAGAUAAUGAUCGUGGAAGCCCUUCGGAGGGCCCCAUACACUGGGUGACUCAAUCUGUCGGCAGUAGUGAUAGGCGAAUUUCUCUCCAUUUCCCGCGAAACGGCGAAAAAUGUUGACAAUUCUGAUGCCCAAUUAUCUUUGGCGUCAAAUAUAUUUUGACGCAGGCGAAUUUAUUCGCUGGCAGCGAAACAUGGAAAUUCGCCGCAAAUUCGCACCUGGCAAAUAAAUUCGCCCCUAUCUAGUCAGCAGCUUAUAUCUGCCCGUGUAUGAAGGCCCUAAAUUGUUGACCUGGUAACAAUCGGCCCGUGUAUGGCCACCUUAAGAAGGGUAAACGUCCUGUUUUAACAUAAUAGAAGUGCUGAUGUCAUCACUGUGAUGCCAGUGUUCGGCCGUCUUCUAUUGGCUUGUGCCUUUUUAACCCUUCAGCUGUUAAAGAUAUUGCUUUUUUUCUGCCUAGAAUUAGCUGCUGCCUCAAUUUAAUCUGUUUCCCAACUGUUUGAAAUGUUGUUUUUAAAUAAAAAGUUGCUUAUA